AUGGCCCCACCAGCUGGUAGUAAUCUUCGCAUUAAGCCCCAAAACGAGUCGUUUAUGGACUUCGGAGUUCAUCCGGUGGGGUUGGGGGAGUUUGGGUGGUCGCACCUGCUGCCCCCACCACCUGCGCCACCGUCAGAAUCGCGGGCGUGUGAAGGGGGAGGGGUCAGCGAAGGAUCGGCGAUCGGAACCACUGACGCGGAACGGGCUGUGGGGUACCUCCUCACCGAUAAUGCACGUCCAUCUCCCUAUCGAUCCUCAACACCCCUUCAACAGCCUGUGGCCAAGCGGGCACUAAGUGAUCUUUUCAAUGAGCGAAUUCGAUAA